CAUGAAACCGCGAAAUAAAACACGUGUGGAGAGCUAGGAAGAAUUUGGCCCAAAAGAUCGGUUUCCGAACACCGCGUCGAAAAAUGGGCGUUUACCUGUCCUCUCCAAUAACUGAAAAGGUUUCCAACGACAGGAAAUGUAAAAAAUUUACAUAUGGCGCUUCCUCAAUGCAAGGAUGGCGUAUGUCUCAAGAGGAUGCGCAUAACUGUGUUCCUGAGUUUGAGGAAGACACUUCUCUGUUUGCGGUCUACGAUGGACACGGAGGAGCUGAAGUAGCCCAGUACUGUGCCCUGCAUUUACCAGACUACAUAAAACAGACACAGGCCUACAAGGAAGGGGACCUAAACAAGGGGUUACAGGAGGCUUUUCUGGGGUUUGAUGAAACACUUACAUGGCCCCACAUCAUCAAGGAGCUGAAGCAUAUAGCAGGCGUUGAUGAUGAUGCGGAGGAAAAAGAGGCGGGCGUUGUCCCAGCUUCUCGCAAUGAAACAGACAUGCUGCUUGCAGAAGCAAAUAUGCCCCUGGAGGACGUUUUAGCUAAAUAUGACUCUGAAUCCGGAGUAAAGUCACAACUGCUGAGUGUCAAACAUGCAAAACAGCAUUUCCAGUCGCCAGUCAUUCGACCCAAGUGUUCAACCCCUUUAGACAAGGCUGGGGGUGACAUGAAAGCUUAUCCUGAGGCUGCAGGGUCCUUUGAGGAGUCAUACAGCAGCAGAUCUAGUCAUUCAGAGGAAGCGAAGUCUGCGCGUAUAUCACUGGACAGUAAGUUAGCCAAUGGACAUGCUGAUAAUGACAAUAAUUUAAAUAUUGAGAAAGAGAUCAGCCAAUCUGCAAUUGGGACACCUGGUGUGAGUAUAAUCACAGCUGACGAGUCCGGGAUUGAGAUCUCCUCAGAGGGUGAAACCAGUCUGUGGAACGGGAAGGUCGGAGAGGAUGUGGAUAGCAAGUUGUCUCCUAGCCGAGAGGCCGCUGCAGACCCCACCCCAUCGUCCACCACUGAUCAGCAGAACUGUGAACCACCAGUCACUAAGGAAGAAGAUGUGUGCUCCUCAUCCAGUACUUUGGAUGGGGUAACCCCAUCCUCAACAACCUCCACCACGACUCCAUCAUCAAGCACGGCAGCAGAGGAGCCUGGGCCAGCCUCAAGCUCACAGGAACAACCACCAGGGGGCAGCACUUCAGAGGAACCAGUAGCAGGCUCAUCAUCAGGAUUAGCAUCUGUCCUUGACAUGGACGACAGUGAGGAUGAAGAUGAUGACAGUGAGGAUUAUGAGCAGGGAUCGUCCUGCGAGGAAGCCAGUGAAGACAGCGAAGAGGAAGGAGAUGAAGAACUGGAGGAGAUUGAUGGGAUGGUGAGCCGGGACCCAGUACUGCUUAAACACGAGGAGGAGCCUGGAUCUGAUAGUGGCUGUACAGCUGUGUUAGCAAUACUCAAGGGCAGACAACUGGUGGUGGCCAAUGCGGGAGACUCUCGCUGUGUUUUGUGUCGUGAAGGCAAAGCUGUGGACCUGUCGUUUGAUCACAAACCGGAGGAUUAUCCAGAGCAGAAGAGGAUUGAGUUGGCCGGUGGUAAAGUGACGGUGGACGGAAGAGUUAACGGAGGGCUUAAUUUGUCCAGAGCAAUAGGGGACCAUUUCUACAAGAAGAACUCUGCCUUGCCAGCUAAAGAUCAGAUGAUCACAGCAUUUCCUGACAUUCAGAGUACUGUGCUGGGACAAGAGGAUGAGUUCCUCGUGCUGGCCUGUGAUGGUAUCUGGAAUUACAUGAGUAGCCAAGAAGUGGUAGAUUUUGUGAAGAAGAGGUUGGAAGAUCCACUGAAAAGAGAAACUCCUUCAUUAAUUUGUGAAGAGAUCUUUGACCACUGUCUUGCUCCAAAUACCAUGGGUGAUGGAACAGGCUGUGACAACAUGACAUGUAUCAUAGUGCUGCUGGAUGAAGCCUUCAGGGCUGCCGGGCCAGCCGUUGCUGGACAGCCAGAGCCUCAGCCUUCUGGUAUUGAAAGUGAAAGUGAAAAUCAGCCAGGUGGGCUUAAGAGGGAUUCUAGUCAGAUGGAGUCAUGCCCAGACAGUGAACAGACAGAGAAACGACCGAAGCUCGAGUGCUCAGACAAUCAGGCUGCAGACGCGGACAGCACAGAAAAAAACACAGACAAUGAGAUCGGAGUAGCAAAUGACUCGACGUCCGAAGUUAAAAACGAGGAGGUGAACUCUAAAUUGACAGUCGAUGGUGAACUGUCAGACCAGACAGUGAGCGGCUCAGAUGAGCUGAUCCCAGCAGUUAGUGGUCAGAAGACUGACCCUACCACAAAGGGAUAUAACAGUUGACAGUCGCACACGUGUCGUUUUACCACAAAUCAUGUGACAAACUAGCCUCGAGUCCAGGUCAUUCUCACAUCACACCCGCCCCUUUUGCAUGUAGGAACGAGCACUCUACUCUUUCUGCUUUUUUUUUUACUGUUAUUAUGAUUAUUAUUAUUAUGACUACAUGGAUAUGCACAGCUUGUAUCUGAGCGCUCAUUGGAUAUGAAUUUUUACUAUUAAUCAAAAAACUGUACAAAGUGAAGAUAUCAGUAUUUCAGCUAUUUCUACCAUAGUGUGCACAUUUAGAAUGUGUGGAUUACCUGUUAAAGCAUAUGUGUGUUUUUUUUAAAGUGUUGCUGAAGACUGGAAUAUCAGCUUGUUCUGUAAAUGGCUUACAUGUGCAGCUUGUGGUAAAACUACAUCUUGACUAGGAAUAGAGCAUUUGUCAAUUUCACUGUCUUGAGUCGUGUCACCAUUUAAUACCAUUUCUUGGGCUGGUCUCCUUCAGUCAUUGGUCUUGUGGAGUAGACUGUAUUUAAUCUCAGCAGGGGCCUCCCUUGAAUUACCCCUCCUUAAGCCAUUUUCCCCCCAUAUAAAAGGCAUGCUACUCAGAAUCUUGCUAUGGUUAGGUGGAGCAUUGGAAAAUGGCUGAUGGCGUCGUCUAAAAGUUUAAGGGUCAAAAGUAUCAGGUAAAUGAUGGCAGAAGAACAGGUGUGUUGAGCUGAGGAUUAUUCUCUUAUUUACCUGCAUGAAGAAGGAUAAUGAAAAAUCUUAUGCAAGACUACACAAUUCCGGGCACUUCAUUUGCAUGAGGCAGUGGCAAGCUGACGAGGAGGCAAAAGGUUGGAAGGUAUAAGAAAAUGAACAACAUAACAUCAUUGAAAAAUAUUCUGAAAACUGCAGCUGAAAAUAACUGGAAAUGAUAGUAUGCAAGAUAAGAGAUAAAAGUUAGAUAAACUCUGCGCAACAUAUGUACAUUGUGAACUUGAACACAGUCUAGAACUUUCAGCUGAGUUUCGUAAACUUCCAUGUUAUUGUUGGAUAGUGUUUUUACGAGUUAAGCAGCAAAUUGGCAUAUGUUCGUGGCCUU